UUCCAUGGAUCACUACAAUUCUGUGGAUUUAAAAAUAACCUUUAUUUUGUGAAUUGUAAUCCCACCUGUCAAAAAACAAACUAGCUGUAAACAAACUAUACAAGUUACAAUAAUUUCGAUAGGAAUUAAGUUUUCGAUCAUUCCAGAUCAUGACUGAAGAGACGAUUUUUGACUUAUUACAUUCCGCUGUAGUUGAUUAUGUUGUACAAUCUGAUGGAAAAGCAUCGGAAAAUUCGAUAAAAGCUGAUGCAAAGGAUGAAGAUUUAUCAAAGUUGGAAUAUAUUGGUUUUUUCACUGGUUAUCGCAUGAUAGAAAGGCUUACUAGGGAAAUGCCUAGGUUUAAGGAUGAAUUAGAUACAAUGAAGUUCAUUUGCACCGAUUUUUGGUCAGCUAUUUACAAAAAACAAAUAGAUAAUUUGAGAACAAAUCAUUUAGGGGUGUAUGUUUUACAAGAUAAUGCAUUUCGUUUUUUAACCAAGUUAUCCAAUGGCAAACAGUAUUUAGAUUUAGCACCCAGAUAUGUCACCUUUACCUGUGGAGUGUUGAGGGGCUGUUUGGCAAAUUUAGGAAUUGAAAGUAUCGUAACUGCAGAAAUUCAAACUAUGCCAUCUUGUAAAUUUCACAUUCAAGUCCAAAGACCUUGCUGAUGAUAUUAAAUACAUGUGAUAUUAAAAUUGUUAAUAAUAAUUGGUAAAAUAAUUUAUGUACAUAA